AUGCCGGUAACAACGUCCCUUUGGUGGCCUGAAGAUCGAAUCCAAGCCACUCUCUGUCCAGAGUAUGUCUUUGGCCAUCUUCCGUCCGAUCUUUGGCCCCGUCUUGUGGCCCCCUUACCCUGGGGAGAGGGUCUUACCAGUGAGACGUAUCUCGACUGGAUCCUCCACAAGGCCGGCAGACUCUUUUUGAUCCUAGUCGACAUCGGCAUCCCUGAGCGUAUCUUCUCCCUGGUCGACAAGUCAUUCGAUGACGCAGACUUGCCAAUUGCAGCCCACGGCGUCGAUCGUCUGAAACUCUCCCUUGAUGACGAGAAUCCGGCACUAGAUGCCAAGUUCUUCCAUGCCCAGUGGCGUUUCCUCGUCCGAGGGAUCAAUCAAGGUGAUCAUAUCAAGUAUACCGAGAAUGAAGGUGUUCCUGUCGAAUUGAUACGCAACGAGCCGGCGCUUGCACGAGAAGGGGUCGAGAAAGUCGUUCUGGCUGGCGCGGUCUGCCGGGUGUAUUUGCGGAUGCAGGUCACCGUCGGAGGCGCGCCGCAUUUCUUUGAAGAAGAGGAGGUUCUGGACGAGAUUCGCUCCUUGCGACGAUUAUCUCACGAUCAUGUCUUUUCCAUUUACGCUUCUUACGUUGUUGAUGAUACCAUGUGCAUUCUGUUUUCCGGUAUAUACGAUCGUACCCUGAUGUCCUUUCUCACCGAUGUACCUCAACCUUUCAAACGCCUGCCCAAGAAUCGGCGCCGCGAGAUCCUGAUCAACUGGCCGCACUGUCUAGUUGAUGGGCUGUCAUGGUUGCAUGCUCACAACCAAGUCCAUGGCGCCAUUCGGCCGUCGAAUAUCCUGAUUGACUCGGAAUACCAUAUCUUCCUCGGCCAGCUUGAGGCGCUCGAUACGUUGCUGCCUCUUGUCAAAAUAGACGAUGUCGAGUCGUAUCAGUAUGGAGCCCCAGAGCGCUGGGUACGUGCGGCUGCCGUUCAGGAUACCGGCCCGUCUCGAACAGCUCUUCCAUCUGGUGGUCGCACGGGUCGACGGCAACCAUCAUCCCGCCCUGGAAGACUGAAUCUGUUCUCGAGAGGCUCGGGCUCUGAUGACGCGGUGGACAGUUCGCUGAGGCCACGAGCUGAGUCUGUCACCUCCCACGGCACCGCCAUUCGCGUUGGAGGGCUGCCCGAUUCGCCGACGCGAUUCUCUUUCGCGCUGUCUUCAUCGUCCUCCGGGUCCACCGGAAGUGCUCGCAAGCGUGUUGUCACCUCAGUCAAGCGGCCUAUCUUAUACACUCCAUCCAUCAACUCGUCUAACUCCUCCGGCUCCUCGGGUCACUCCGCUUCUACGGUCCUCGACCCCGCCCAACUCCCUGGCACCCGAUUAAAAACCGCCGUGGUGCAGACUUGGCAGUCACGACAGACAGACCCACAGGCAUCGGACAUAUUCUCUCUCGGAGCCGUAAUCCUUGACAUCUUCACGCACCUUUGCAAGCGUAAGAUUACCGCCUUUGCGCACCACCGGGGUGCAAAGAACAGGACCCCCGGCCGCGGAGGAGGCGCCGCGGACUGCUCGUUCCAUCUCGACCGGAAUAUCGGCCAGGUAAGUUCGUGGAUCGCCCUGCUGGAACACGACGCGAGGAAACGGAAGGAUCCCGUCUUCCUCGCCGUCGGGCCAAUGCUCGCCGUAGUGCGAAGCAUGCUGAACAAGGAACCGGGCAACCGGCCCUCAGCUACACGUGUGGAAAGCCGCUUCGUCGCCGCCCUGCGCCAGGUAGACGACUCGGUUGCUCUGCACUGCACAUCCAAGUUGCACCUGCACGCCACUGAAGCAUCCAAAAGGGAGGCCAUGCUGCAGCAGGAAUGCUCAAAGUCGGAGACUUCGGCCCCCGGCUCAACCCACCCCAAACUCACUGUCACACCAUACCCUCCCCAACCACCGGAACAAGUAACCGACUCCCCUGGUCACCCGGCACGAUCACCCGCCGUCUCGCGACAUCCUUCCCCAUCUCAAUCAGUAGCCAGCUAUGCCGGUUACACCCACUGGGCAGACACGUACAGCGACGACGACUCCGACCAGGAAAGCAGCGAAUACGCCCCUUCCUCUUCAUCACUCAGGGUCCCCUGGCCGUUGCCACCAGACGGACCCUUGAGACCGGUUCCCUCCCGGGAUUCUAUUCUAGGCUACGGAAUUGCAAUCACUAAUUGA